CCCACCGGAGCGGCGUCCACUCCGGCGGCGACCCACCGCCGCCGCAAGAACUCCUCGUCCAUCUUCGCCGUAGCCCCCUCCCCCGUUUCACCGGCCUUGGAUUGGCGCGGGGCGGGGAUCCGUCCCGAUUCGUCGUGUAUGCAAUGUCUAGAAGUAUUGGAGUGGGUGAAUAUCAAGAACUGGACGUUUCUACUAUGGAACCCAUCAGCCACCAGCCUGCCUUCAGAGGCUUGAAACUGUAUGUGAAAGAUCUUGAUUCGAACACACUUCCUCCAUUUCUUGCCCGUGUGUGCUCCCCUGACAAGCCAAGCUCGUACUCUAUGGAGGAGAUCCUAUGCAUUUUUGAGACUGCCGCAGAAGUUCAUGGCCGCAACAUUGUACCACACAUCGGACAGAUUAUUUCAGCAAUCAUCAGGAUUAUGUCAUCAGGGUCUUUGCAUAGUGCUGGUUGCUCCAAGGUGGUUUGCACAUUAUCCCGCUAUGGCAUUGAUCCUCUGGGUAGAGAAGAAGAGAAAUCUGAGAUCAUGAGCUCCCUUUGCCAUCCCUUAUCAGAUUGCUUGAUGAACACCAACAAGAGCAUCUCUUCUGGUUCUGCUCUUUGUAUCACUGCUCUUGUCCAGUCCAACAAUUGGCAAUUCGCAUCCAAUGAGUUGGUCAAUGGUGUUUGCUUGAAGGUCUCGGGGGCUCUAGAGGAGGUUCACUGUCACACAGUUGUGCACUUAAGCUUGGUAGUUGCUCUGUCAAAAUAUAAUCCUUUGACACUGGAGCCUUAUGGAAGAUCAUUGAUAAGAUCAGGAUUACAGAUAUUGGAUCAUAGCACUAAGGCAAGCAAUUCUCAGAUGAUUAUGUCAUCCAUUCAAAUGAUACAUUCCAUCAUGAAAAGGUUGGAUGUGAGGAUAAUAUCUUCUGAGAUCAGCAGCAUUAUCCAAGCUUUGGAGCAAUGCCAAGCUGGCUAUAUUGCAGAUAUCUGCACUGCAGCUUCUCAAGCAGCUGAGACUGCUAAGCUACUUGAGAGGCAGGAGGAAUGUGGAGACCACAAAAAGUUUAGUCCGUUGGUAAACUGUAGUGGGAGGCAUAGCAGGAAGGGGUCAAAUUCUCCACUUGAUGAUUUGGAUAUUAGAGACAGUGGCUCUAGUGAAUCUCCUUGUGAGGUGCAAUCUGUUCGUUCGUUUAAUGACUUUGAUUCUCAGCCGCCAGUUGGACAGUGUGCUGAUAUUCUUGGAAGUACACGUGCAAGGCGGCGCCUUUGGAGUAGUGGAUCUCACUUUUCACAUGGAAUGUCCAAUGAUGAGUUUUUCCACAUUUCAGUACCUGAUUGUCGUGAUACUAUGGGUAUAAUAGGACAAUCCAGUUCUGCUGGUCUUGUUAAGGCAAGUAGGAGGUGCUCAGAUGUGUUGACAGGAGUUGGUGACCCAUGUCCUACUUGUUUAACACCUCGAGCUACUAAUCAGGUGUACAGGCGUCAAGCUUUGUCAACUCCAAGGAGGCAGGUCUACUCUUUCACCUCUUGCAGUGACUCAGAAAGAGAGAGCCACCGCUUACCUAAAAGUCAAGCUUUUAGGCAGAUACAGUGCCAAGACCAUUUUUUGUUUCAAAAGGAUGGCGAACUUGAGGAAAAGAUAGGCUUGCUGACCGAAGACCUGAAGUUCCCAACCAACAGCAGGCGUUCUGAUAGUGCAAGAGCCUCAUGUGAAGAACGCCAUGCUGCUGCUGCUGCCGCUGCUGCAGAGAAUCAAAAGAUGUGUCGAACGAAGAAAAGAGAAACAAACUGUCUUAGCAGUCGAUUGAUUCCUUUUGUCUGCUCUGUGUUGAUCGUUGCUUUAUUGUUAGUUUGGUGGAAGCAGCAUCCCAGUAAUGAGCUCUAUUUUGUACCUACAUAGCAUCUAUGUCACUAUGUGUAACCAUGUCUCUUUGUAAGAAGUUUUUUUUUCGUUUCGGUGGCAUUGUACCUGGUGCAUCAACCACUGGCUUUCAGUAGUUGUAUGAUGUUGUACCAUAUACAGCUCUGCCGGUAUACAUGAGAAUGUUGUAGAUUCGUCCUUAGGUGAAAAUGAAUCAACUUUUUCAAAGCUGUGGAAAUUGGUUGAAGUUCUGUUGGUGUGCUUA